AUGAUAACAAUCCUAUCCCUUUCAUUCCUAAUCUCAAUAACAUAUUCAUAAUUCCUUAGACCAACUGAGGACGCUAAAGUAGUAAUCAACUCUUGUGGAAUUCAAGAAUAUCUACUCCCUUAUAUCUACUACGUAUAAGGAAGUGCAUCAACUAUUAUGGAACCAACUCAAGCCACCAUUACUUUGAAUAUUCAAGUUAAAAAUGUCUAAGCUUAAGAGGCACUUUAACAAUUGGCUGACAUUUCAGACAGAGCUAUCAAGUAACUAUUGUAUCAACUAUUUUAAGGGCUAUCAAAGAACAAUCAAGUAGUGAUCUAAAGAUUUAGACCAAUGAUUAUUAGAUACAACCAUAUACAGAGUACGAUUUUACAGUAAAUCCAGCAAGUUUGAUCUUUAAAGGGUUCAAAGCCAACAGUUAACUCACUAUUGAAACGUUAAAUAUCAGUGAAGUUGGAAAGUAAGAAUUAUAAGUAUCCUAGAAUCAUUGAUAUAGCUGUAAAAAAUGGAGUGGAGACUGUCGCUGGUGUAAGUUUCGAUAUAAGCAAAGAACAAAAACGAAAAAUUAAAGAUAAUUUGGUUGAGCAUGCCAUUGAAGAUGCUAGUCAUACUGUAAAUAUAUAGAUUCUAUAAAUUUAAAGGCUGAUGUAGUUUUGAAAGAAAUAAACAUGAAAAUCGUAUCAGUAAAAAGUGUUGUUCUAAAUGAAGGCUACGGGUAUGAUUAGGGGGACAUCCUUCAAUAGACAGUGACAGUAGGAUAUGUAAUUGCCCCUAUAGAUUAAUGA